AUGCGAAGGAUUAGUGCACUGCUCAAAACAACAUAUGAGUAUUCCUUUGAAAAGCAUAAAGGAAAACCUAUUCGAGGAAGAAAUGAAAAAUAUUUUCUUACGCCACAGAGAUUUAUUCGAUUCAAAAAAUUGCGCUAA